CAGAUCUGAUCCGAAACUUGUGCUAAACAAGUGCGAAGUGCUAAGCGUUUGUCUGCUAUUAUAGUGAUAUUUAUUCCGCUAUUUAUUGUGACCUUUUGAGUAAUUUGAUAGAAUUAUUGGAUUUGUGCAGUUGAGAUCAUGCCGAGCGGGAAAGCUCCUGCGAUUGGAAUCGACUUGGGCACGACGUAUUCAUGCGUCGGCGUGUUUCAGCAUGGAAACGUGGAAAUAAUUGCCAACGAUCAAGGCAACCGAACAACUCCAAGCUAUGUUGCCUUUACAGAGACUGAGAGACUGAUCGGCGAUCCAGCGAAGUCCCAAGUUGCGCUGAAUCCCGAAAAUACCAUCUUCGAUGCGAAGCGACUCAUCGGCAGAAAAUUCGACGACCCGAAAAUCCAGCAAGAUCUGAAGCAUUGGCCAUUUAAAGUCGUCAAUGAGGGAGGUAAGCCGAAGAUCUGCGCCGAAUUUAAAGGUGAAGUCAAGCGUUUUAACCCUGAAGAAAUCAGUGCCAUGGUGUUGACCAAAAUGAAGGAGACUGCUGAAAUGUAUCUGGGGCAGAAAGUUACCGACGCUGUUGUCACUGUACCUGCUUACUUCAAUGAUUCACAGAGACAGGCCACUAAAGAUGCUGGAAAAAUUGCAGGACUGAAUGUUUUGAGAAUUAUCAAUGAACCUACUGCUGCUGCAUUGGCAUAUGGACUUGAUAAAAACUUGAAAGGUGAAAAAAAUGUGCUCAUUUUUGACUUAGGUGGUGGAACUUUUGAUGUUUCCAUCUUGACUAUUGAUGAAGGCUCCUUGUUUGAAGUACGAUCUACGGCUGGGGAUACACAUCUUGGAGGUGAGGACUUUGAUAACAGAAUGGUUACUCAUUUCGUUGAAGAAUUUAAGCGUAAGCAUAAAAAAGACUUGAGAUCCAGUCCGAGAUCCUUGAGGAGGUUGAGAACAGCAUGUGAAAAAGCUAAGCGAACACUGUCCAGCAGUUCAGAAGCAAGCAUUGAGAUUGAUGCUUUGUUCGAUGGUGUGGACUUUUAUUCAAAAAUUUCUCGAGCCAGAUUUGAAGAACUUUGCAUGGACUUGUUCCGAUCAACUCUACAACCUGUAGAAAGAGCUUUGACUGAUGCAAAAUUAGAUAAAAAUAGUAUUCACGACGUUGUGUUGGUUGGUGGAUCUACUCGCAUUCCAAAAAUACAGAAACUGUUGAAAGAUUUUUUCAACGGCAAAGAACUGUGCAUGUCUAUCAAUCCCGAUGAAGCGGUGGCAUAUGGAGCAGCAGUUCAAGCGGCCGUUUUGUCCGGUAGUACCGACAACAAGAUCAAAGAUGUCCUUCUUGUUGAUGUAGCACCACUUUCUCUUGGAAUAGAAACUGCUGGUGGUGUGAUGACGAAAAUAAUCGAGAGGAACUCUCGAAUCCCAUGCAAGACAUCUCAGACUUUCACCACUUAUUCCGAUAACCAGCCAGGUGUGGACAUUCAAGUGUACGAAGGUGAAAGAGCCAUGACCAAAGAUAAUCAUCUACUAGGACGAUUUCAGCUUUCGGGCAUUCCUCCCGCUCCUAGAGGAGUUCCUCAGAUUGACGUUACCUUCGAUUUGGAUGCCAACGGAAUUCUGCAGGUUUCUGCUCAAGACAAAAGCUCGGGAAAAUCUCAAAGUAUUCGAAUCACAAAUGACAAAGGACGCCUUUCUAAAGAUGAAAUUGAAAGGAUGCUGAAUGAAGCCAAACAGUACGAGAAGGAAGAUGCCGAACUGAGAGAAAGGGUAGCAGCUAGGAAUUCCUUGGAGAGUUACGUCUAUGCUGCCAAACAAGCUGCUGAAUCGGCACCGGAUGACAAGUUGUCUUCAGCGGACAAAUCCAAAGUCAAGGAAGCUUGUGAUUCGGUGAUCCAGUGGCUGGAUAACAAUACCUUGGCGGAAAAGGAUGAAAUUGAUCACAAAAUGAAAGAAAUUCAAGCCGAGUUGUCGCCUCUGAUGACGAAAAUGCAUCAGGCAGGAAAUAAUUUUGGAGCUAGUCAGAAACCAGGUGCUGCGAGUGCCAGUGCUGGUGGUCCUACCAUUGAGGAAGUUGAUUAGGACUCUAAUUACAAGUUACUUGUUUUGUUUUUUUGAAAAUUGCUAGUUCUCUACUUGUAGAUAUUGUGUUUCAUUUGUAAAUUUUCAUUUAUUAGAAAUGACUUCUCAGG